AUGGCUCAAGUACCCACCGACGUGCUUCUCCGGGCGUUGAGGGAGGAGGUGGCGGCGAUAGCGGCGCUGAAGCAGGCCAUUCGAGACAAGCUGCACGUGCUGCAGGUGGACGAGGCGAGCAUGAUGGAGAUCCUCGCGCAGGCGGACGCCCCACCCGCCGUCAGAGCAGCCGCUGCUGCUGCUGAAGCGCACAUGCACAAAAGCGCUGGGGGAAGUGGAGAUGGGGGAGGGGGCGCGGAUUGGGGCGGGGAAGAAAGGGAGGGGGCGGGGGAGGAGGAAGGGGAGGAGGAGAUGAGUCUGGACGAUAUGGUGGCUGGGCUGGCGGAGGAACUUGAGAGGGAGAUGGGGGGUGGCGGGGGGCAUGUGGGGGGACAUGUGGGCGGUGGGGGGCAAGUGGGCAGUGGGGGGCAGGGGGGGAAUGCAGGCAGGGGGGAAGGAGUGGGGGAAGGUGGGGGAGGAGGAGGAGGGGGAGGAGGGGGAGGAGGAGAUGAGGGCAUGGGGCCGGUGGGGGGCAUGUGGGGGGGCAUGAGGGGGGUGGUGGGGGCCACGCGGAUGCAGACAGUGGGGGAGGAGGAGGGGAUGAGUUUGGAUGAUCUGGUGGCAGGGUUGGCGGAGGAGCUUGAGAGAGAGUUGGGGGGCGGCGGGGGGCAUUUGGGGGGAAAUGUGGGCGGUGGGGGGCAUGUGGGGGAGCAUGAGGUUCAUGGUGGGGGGCACGUGGAUGCAGGCAGAGGGGGAGGAGGGGGAGCAGAGGGGGGAGGGGGAAGUGGGGGAGGUGGAUCGGCGGGUGAGAUGGAGAGAGGGGCGGGGGAUGGUGUGGCGGAUGCAAGAAGCUGA